GUGACAGCUACAGAGGCAAGAGCCGCAAACAGCGCUGAGAAGCAGCGCUCCUCCUCGCCCCGCACUGACAGUCCGCAAUCGCGCUCGCACUACAGUACCGUUUCUUACCGAGGGACACAGUCGGUCAUGGCGGAGUUCAACUGAGGAAGAGAGCCAGUUCACCUACCCCCCCGUUCCUCGUCAUAACGUUUCGCUCUGCCUGCUGCUCCUCGUCCGCCGUAUGCAUUGCCGCUUUGCGGAGAAAGCACAGCGCUGAGAGUCUGGACUGCGAAACGAAGGGAGAAGCAAGAGGUGGUAAUUUAAAAACAGAAUGGCGGACCGUGAUACGUUACCCCUUCCCCUGGAGGUGAGAGCCAGACUAGCGGAGCUGGAGCUGGAGUUAUCGGAAGGUGACAUCACGCAGAAAGGCUACGAAAAGAAGCGGUCAAAGCUGCUCGGGGCCUACCUGCCACAGCCUCCAGGGGCAGAGUCUAUGGCCCAUGAGCGCAGACCCCCCCUCGCCCCCUCCUCAUCCGCCGCCCGGUACCACCGGCGCCGCUCUUCUGGGUCACGGGAUGAGCGGUACAGAUCAGAUGUUCACACGGAGGCGGUCCAGGCCGCCCUGGCCAAACACAAGGAGCGGAAGAUGGCGGUUCCCAUGCCCUCUAAGCGUCGCUCCCUGGUGGUGCAGACCUCCAUGGACGCCUACACCCCCCCAGACACGUCGUCGGGGUCGGAGGGGGAGGGCCAGGGGGAGGGCACCCCCACCUCCAGCCAGGGCAGCGUGAGCAUGGAGCACUGGAUGAGCCGGGCCAUGCACGGCUCCACCACCUCCUCCACCACCUCCUCCUCCUCCACCCACAGCGGGGGCAGCGGUGCCGCCAGCCGCCUGGCCGACGUCAUGGCACACACCCACAUCGGGCCCAUCGCCCACCUCUCUCUGAGGAGGAAGGCUGGUCCCAGUGCUGUGGAGAACGGAAACUCCUUCCGUCGCUCCUGCGAAUUCGGAUCGGAGCUCGCCUGGCCGACGCCUCUGGAGUCUGAGGAGAACCACUCGGCCCCCCCGGACGUCACCACCUACACCUCCGAGUUCCCCCAGCCGGUGGAGAGACCACAGGUGUCCACCGUCCCCAGGACCACGCCCAAAUACGGCAACGCCGAGCUCAUGGAGACUGGAGAUGGUGUCCCGGUCAGCAGUCGUGUUUCAGCUAAGAUCCAGCAGCUGGUGAAUACAUUGAAGCAGCCCAAGCGGCCGCCUUUGAGAGAGUUCUUCGUUGACGAUUUUGAGGAACUUCUGGAAGUCCAGCAGCCGGAUCCGAACCAGCCACGGCCCGAGGGGGCCCAGAUGCUGGCGAUGCGGGGGGAGCAGCUGGGCGUGGUCACUAACUGGCCCCCCUCCCUGGAGGCUGCACUGCAACGCUGGGGCACCAUAUCUCCCAAAGCCCCCUGCCUGACCACCAUGGACACCAACGGCAAGCCGCUCUACAUCCUGACCUACGGAAAGCUGUGGAGUCGAUGUAUGAAGGUGGCCUAUAACAUCCUCCACAAGCUGGGGACGAAGCAGGAGCCUGUGGUUCGACCGGGAGACCGGGUGGCGCUGGUGUUCCCCAAUAACGACCCCGCCGCCUUCAUGGUGGCCUUCUAUGGCUGCCUGCUGGCGGAGGUCGUCCCCGUGCCCAUCGAAGUGCCGCUGACCCGGAAGGACGCAGGGAGUCAGCAGAUCGGCUUUCUGCUGGGAAGCUGUGGAGUCACGGUCGCCUUGACCAGCGACGCCUGCCACAAAGGUCUGCCCAAGAGCCCCACGGGAGAGAUCCCCCAGUUCAAAGGAUGGCCGAAGCUGCUCUGGUUCGUCACAGAAUCAAAGCACCUGUCCAAGACUCCUCGAGACUGGUUCCCUCACAUCAAGGAUGCCAAUAAUGACACUGCCUAUAUCGAGUAUAAGACGUGUAAGGACGGGAGUGUGCUGGGAGUGACGGUGACGCGCACCGCCCUGCUGACGCACUGCCAGGCCCUGACGCAGUCCUGUGGCUACACUGAAGCUGAGACCAUUGUGAAUGUAUUAGACUUUAAGAAGGAUGUGGGCCUAUGGCACGGCAUUCUCACGAGUGUCAUGAACAUGAUGCAUGUAAUCAGCAUCCCGUACUCGCUGAUGAAGGUCAACCCCCUGUCCUGGAUCCAGAAAGUCUGCCAGUACAAAGCGAAAGUGGCAUGUGUGAAGUCCCGGGACAUGCACUGGGCCUUGGUGGCCCAUCGGGACCAGAGGGACAUCAACCUCAGCUCCCUGCGUAUGCUGGUGGUGGCCGACGGAUCCAACCCCUGGUCCAUCUCCUCGUGUGACGCCUUCCUCAACGUAUUCCAGAGUAAAGGCCUGAGACCUGAGGUCAUCUGCCCGUGUGCCGGCUCUCCCGAGGCGCUGACCGUGGCCAUCAGGAGGCCCACGGAUGACAGUAACCAGCCGCCGGGCCGGGGGGCCCUGUCCAUGCAGGGCCUGAGCCACGGUGUGAUCCGGGUGGACUCCGAGGAGAGGCUGUCCGUGCUGACGGUGCAGGACGUGGGGACCGUGAUGCCUGGAGCGUUGAUGUGCGUGGUGAAGCCGGAGGGCGUUCCGCUGCUGUGCAGGACCGAUGAGAUCGGGGAGCUCUGCGUCUGCUCCGUCGCCACGGGAACAUCCUAUUACGGCCUGACGGGGAUGACCAAGAACACAUUUGAGGUGUUCCCCAUGAGCAGCUCUGGCGCCCCCAUCAGUGAGUACCCCUUCACCAGGACGGGGCUGCUGGGGUUUGUGGGGCCCGGGGGCCUGGUUUUCAUCGCUGGGAAGAUGGACGGGCUGAUGGUGGUGGGCGGGCGGAGACACAACGCCGACGACAUCGUGGCCACGGCGCUGGCGGUGGAGCCCAUGAAGUUUGUGUACAGAGGAAGGAUCGCAGUGUUCUCCAUCACGGUGCUGCACGACGAGCGGAUCGUGGUGGUGGCGGAGCAGCGGCCAGACUCCACCGAGGAGGACAGCUUCCAGUGGAUGAGCCGAGUGCUGCAGGCUAUAGACAGCAUCCACGGGGUGGGCGUGUUUUGCCUGGCCCUGGUCCCCGCCAACACCCUCCCCAAAACCCCGCUGGGGGGGAUCCACCUGUCGGAGACCAAGCAGCUGUUCCUGGAGGGCUCCCUGCACCCCUGCAACGUGCUCAUGUGUCCCCACACCUGCGUCACCAACCUGCCCAAACCCCGACAGAAGCAGCCAGAGAUCGGGCCUGCCUCUGUGAUGGUGGGGAACCUGGUUUCGGGGAAGAGGAUCGCCCAGGCCAGCGGCAGGGACCUGGGGCAGAUCGAGGACAAUGACCAGGCAAGAAUGUUCCUCUUCCUGUCGGAGGUCCUGCAGUGGAGAUCCCAGACCACGCCUGACCACGUCCUCUUUACUCUUCUCAGCUCACGGGGGACGAUAGCGAGCUCGCUCACCUGCCUCCAGCUGCACAAGCGGGCGGAGAAGAUCGCGGCCAUGCUGGCGGAGCGGGGCCACCUGCAGGACGGGGACCACGUCGCCCUCGUCUACCCGCCGGGGGUGGACCUAAUCGCUGCAUUUUACGGUUGCCUCUACGCUGGGUGUGUGCCCAUCACAGUCCGGCCCCCGCACCCGCAGAACAUCGCCACCACCCUGCCCACGGUCAAGAUGAUUGUGGAGGUGAGCCGCUCGGCCUGUGUGAUGACUACGCAGGUGAUCUGUAAGCUGCUGAGGUCGAAGGAAGCGCUGGCCGCCGUGGACGUCAGGACCUGGCCUCCGGUCCUGGACACAGAUGAUCUGCCAAAGAAGAGGCCGGCCCAGCUCUACAAGCCGUCCAACCCCGACACACUGGCCUACCUGGACUUCAGUGUGUCCACCACCGGCAUGCUCGCUGGAGUCAAGAUGUCUCACACAGCCACCAGUGCCUUCUGCCGUUCAAUCAAGCUGCAGUGUGAGCUGUACCCCUCCCGCGAGGUGGCCAUCUGCCUGGACCCCUACUGCGGCCUGGGAUUUGUCCUCUGGUGCCUGUGCAGUGUGUACUCAGGGCAUCAGUCGAUCCUGAUCCCGCCCUCAGAGCUGGAGGUGAACCCGGCCCUGUGGCUCCUGGCCGUCAGUCAGUACAGGGUGCGGGACACCUUCUGCUCCUACUCCGUCAUGGAGCUGUGCACCAAGGGCCUGGGACUGCAGACCGAAUCGCUCAAGGCCCGAGGCCUGGACCUGUCCCGGGUGAGGACCUGCGUGGUGGUGGCGGAGGAGAGGCCCAGGAUAGCUCUCACCCAGUCCUUCGCCAAGCUCUUCAAGGAUCUGGGGCUCCACCCGCGGGCCGUCAGCACCUCCUUCGGCUGCCGGGUCAACCUGGCCAUCUGCUUACAGCCUCACAGGCUGGGGAAACCUCCUGAACAGGGCACGUCGGGACCUGACCCAACCACUGUGUACGUGGACAUGAGUGCCCUGAGGCAUGACAGGGUUCGCCUGGUGGAGAGGGGAUCCCCGCACAGCUUGCCUCUGAUGGAAUCAGGAAAGAUCUUACCUGGAGUCAGAAUCAUCAUCGCCAACCCCGAGACCAAGGGUCCCCUGGGGGACUCGCACCUGGGAGAGAUCUGGGUCCACAGCGGGCAUAACGCCAGCGGCUACUUCACCAUCUAUGGCGACGAGUCGCUGCAGUCUGACCACUUCAGUUCACGGCUCAGCUUUGGGGACACGCAGACCGUCUGGGCCCGCACCGGCUACCUGGGGUUCCUCCGGAGGACUGAGCUUACGGAUGCCUGCGGAGAGCGGCACGAUGCCCUGUAUGUGGUGGGGGCGCUGGACGAGGCCAUGGAGCUGAGGGGCAUGAGGUACCACCCCAUCGACAUCGAGACGUCUGUGAUCCGCACCCACAAGAGCAUCACAGAAUGUGCCGUGUUCACCUGGACGAACCUGCUGGUGGUGGUGGUGGAGCUGGACGGCUCGGAGCAAGAGGCCCUGGAUCUGGUGCCGCUGGUGACCAACGUGGUUCUGGAGGAGCACUACCUGAUCGUGGGCGUGGUGGUGGUGGUGGACAUCGGGGUGAUCCCCAUCAACUCCCGCGGGGAGAAGCAGCGGAUGCACUUACGGGACGGCUUCCUGGCCGACCAGCUGGACCCCAUCUACGUGGCCUAUAACAUGUAGCCCCGCCCAAACAAACCCCGCCUCACUCCGCCCCACCCUGCCCCGCCUCACCCCCUCACAGCCCUUUCCAUGGACCACAUUGUACUGUAUGUAGAGCAAAUAACCUGUUGCGUCCGACACACCAUAACAUUCAGAAACAAAACAGAGAGGAAAAGGAAUGACAAGGAAGCUGAGAAAAAGG